UGGAAUUGGAAUGAGAGACAAUGACGACCAUUUUCUCACAAGAAACAAUAUAUAGCAGUGUUGAAAGGUGGAGCUCCCAAUGCCCCGCGGCUGGCCAGGGGGCAGACUUGGGGCCAGUAGGGAGACAGGGGCGGAAGGGGCGGAUGCAACAUGAGUGCAAGUGCAGUGUGCAUCGGCCGGUGCAUUUUGUGCAUGCAUGAUGCAACUGCAGGCGCUCUCUCUUCUCCUCACCCUCUCUCUUGCACUGCUGCUAGUGGUCACUCCCGCCAAUCCGGCACCAGAUUGGACCGAUUGCCCCUCCUCCUGUCGGUGCAAGUGGACUCAAGGUAAAAAAUCGGCACUAUGCAAAGACGCCGGUUUCACCGCGAUUCCUGGUUCACUGGAUUCCGACAUGCAGGUCCUCGAUUUAGCCGGCAACCGGAUUCCCUACCUCAUGCAGGAUGCUUUCAAAAGUGUGGGACUUCUCAACCUCCAACGAAUCUUUCUCAAGAACGCUGGUGUAAUAGAGUUACAUCGAGACGCUUUCAGAGACUUAAAAAUCUUGGUGGAGGUGGAUUUGUCUGAUAAUUUGAUAAAAACUGUGCAUCAAGACACUUUCUCGGGGAACGAUAGAUUGAGGGUUUUGUAUUUGAACGGGAAUCCAAUAAGUGAGUUGAGAGUGAACCAGUUCCCAGUGUUGCCACAUUUACGGACGCUAGACCUCUCACACUGUGCGCUAAAACUGAUCCACCGCGAAGCCUUCGUACAUCUGGCAGCGUUGGAGACGUUGACCUUGAACGACAACCGGUUGCAACUAGUUUCGGAAACCGUUUUCUUGCCAACGGGCCGGUUAAAAACGUUAAAACUGGAUGGGAAUCCUUGGAAAUGUAGUUGUGAGUUGAGGGGAUUCCGGAACUGGUUGCUGGAGUCGAAUUUGUACUCUGAACCGUUGAGCUGCCAGCAACCGGAAGUGCUGAAAGGCCGGAAGUGGGAGGAAGUGGUGGGGAUGGAGUUCGCCUGUGCACCGGAAGUCACCCUGCAGGAGAGUAUGGUGCAGGAGGAGCCUGGAGGGAAUGUUACGUUUCGGUGUCGUAUCAAAGGCGAUCCCGAACCAACCGUCUCCUGGCUAUUCAACGGUCGAUCACUUGGCAACGCUACCUCUCCCGUAUCAUCCCAUCCUUCUUCCGUAUCAUCUCAACACCAUUCAAACACAUUACAAGGGGACACUUCUGUAUCAUCCCACUCCUCUUCCGUAUCAAGCAACGCGUUGCAAAUGGAUGGUUCCGUAUCAAGCCACGCACUACAAGUGGACGACCUAGUAUUAGUGACCAUUGACGAGGAAGAGGGGGAAAUAGUCGGUGAAAAGUGGAGCACUUUGACAAUGCUGAAUGUCACAGAUUUGGAUGCUGGAGAAUAUACAUGUGCAGCUAUCAACCUCAGAGGCCGGGCUACCGCUAAUGUUUCACUUAUUCUGCCUGAGGUAAUAACAGCGACGACACUGUCUAAGAGGGAGCCCUGGUUGAAGGUAGCGGUGUGGGCUGGAGCGGCUGUUAGCAUGCUGCUAAUGUCGAGUCUGCUGCUCAUUUGCCUCGCGUGUCGUGUGCGUCGCAAAGCUAUGCUGCGAGGCAAAAAAGGUGCUGCAAGGAGACAAAUGAAGGGCUCAGCGUCGUUCAGUGACCAGGACAAGCGUCUACUGGACGUCAGUAUUACCACCACAACUGAUGGACGAGCCGCCACUACAGGCAGCUGCGACGGUCUCUCUCAGCAGGACAUGGAGAUGAUGGAGACCAGUAUGCACAGUUUGCCGCUCGAGGUUUGUGACCAACCAGUUCACAUAACCAUCGAGAGCCACAGUGGGGCAACCAGCACCCUAGGCGCUCAUCCACCCACCAGUAUAGAACCGGUUGUCUUCCCGCCUCCACCAGAAUUCUCAGGCAACUCCACUCUGCCAGCCACCGCCUAUGGCAACAUCUUCAUAUCCGUCUCUGUGGGACAAGAUGGCGGCCCUGUCGAACCUCCUCGCUACCCUGACCUCCUAGAUCUACCACACCGCAAGAGCAAAAGUGUGGGAACUGACACGUCAGCAUAUUUCCCGACUCUGUCAACUAGUGCAACGGAGUCAUCAACAUAUUUCACAACGUUGCCUCCUAGGUCAGCAACCGAGUUUGCAACGUUGCAAAAUGGGGUCAGUGACCAGGCACAGUUCUUCACAACAUUACCCCGCCAGGCAACGUUGCCAAACGGUGCAGCGACAGAUCCCCAACCAGUUUACGGUCCUGGCUUCACAGAGUUACCACGUUCUGCUACCACCUUUGCAACAUUACCCCGUCAACCAUCCUCCAAAGUCCUCCCCCCCACAAAGACCAUCAAGAAGGUCGACCAGUGCAUAUCCACCACCACUCCUAAGCUUCCACCCCACUACGACAACAUGGGACCUCGUGUGACCGCGAAAGGUAGUUGUUCCACUUUGUCGCUACCUGACGCCACCAACAGUUUGUCGACACAGACUUUGGAACUGUCCUCACAGACUGAGGAGGAGGAGGAUAUCCUGCCUCCACCUCCUCCACCACCCCUUUGUUCGCCGCUGACUGUUGAGUAUGUCUCCCUAUGAGACACAGUGUGAACGUUAAGCAGGAACUGCAAAAGUGUCAGAGAAGCAUCAGUAACGAGUAGUGUGUAAAAUAUUGUUCACUUUCUAAAAGUGGACACACAACUCUGUGAUUGCUGAUGGUGAGGAGUGAUUGGAUGUAUCUUGUUGUAUCAAAUGUGAUGCUAUCUGUUGAGUUUAAUGAUUCAAAUGCAUGAAUUUUAUUUCAUUUGAUUUCAUUUUUUCAUAGACGAUAGAAACAAUGCAGGUAAAAACAACAGGACAUAGAAUAGAAUUAUAGUAUCCUUUGAAAUAAAUAACAUAAGA